UUUUCUCCAAUUCAGGGCGGCGAAAAACAGGGAUCUUAAAUAAAAUCCAUGGGGAAUUGCUUGGUUCUGCAAGACAACGUCGUCCAGGUCAUGAAGCCCGAUGGCGAAAUUCUUGAAUACAAGUCACCCAUUCUAGUGCAUCAGGUUUUGGAUGAAUUUUCCGGCCAUUCAAUCUCAGACUCCGUACCAGCCCUUCGCCACCUUCAGCCAAACACCAAACUGCUCGCCGGCCACUUAUACUACCUCGUAUUGCCGACCCCAAAAGCCGUUAAGAAGAAGGUGAGGUUCCAGGAUCCUGAGGUACAAGGUUCACAGGAGAGUAGCGGCGUCGUAAGAAUUAAGGUGGUCAUUAGUAAGCAAGAACUGCAGGCUCUGCUUCGCAAGGGAGGAAUUUCCGUUAACAACGUCAACAUGUUAUCUCUACUUCAUGGCGAGCAAGUGACGGAGAGUGAAGAUAAGUGUCACAAUGGUUUUCAUGGGUGGAAGCCAGCGCUUGAAAGCAUACCUGAACUAGUUUAGCCUUAUAAUGUAUAUUUCAUCAUCUGUUCCAGUUUCUUUCUUCCCCCUCUUGAUAUCCUCUGUUUAAGAUACUUAGAACAGGGUCACAGAUUUAUAUUCAUACACACAUAUAUAUAGAAGGAACAAAAUUUUGAAA